AGACGGGAAGAUGGGGGCCAAGGUCGGGCCGGGCCCCGUGGCUUUCGUGGUGGCGCUUUUGGCGCUUGGGCGCCGGGCGGGGUCGGGCUGCGUGGAAGAGGGGCGCUGCUGCCCCGGGCGGGACCCGGCCUGCUCCAGCACCGGCUGGCGCGUCGACCGAGCCUACGGCACCUGCUUCUGCGACGAGGCGUGCAAGCGGACCGGCGACUGUUGCUAUGACUACGCCCAGGCGUGCCCAGCUCUUCCAUGCAUCAUUGGUGAAUGGAGUCACUGGAGUGGCUGUGCAAAGCAGUGUAAACCCAACUUCCGUAUGCGUACACGCGUCAUACAGCAGGAACCAAAAAAUGGUGGGGUUCCGUGUCCUCCACUAGAAGAGAAAGCUGGUUGCCUGGAGUAUACUACCUAUGAGGGGCAGGAUUGUGGAGAUGAGUAUGUUCCUGCAUUCAUAACUACAUCUGAAUAUAAUAAGGAUAGAAAAAAGAGAGCUGUAAACUCAAGGUGGUCUUCAGAAACAGAGGAUUCUAGGAGCUACUGUGUGGAAUUUAGAACAGAAUCAUUGUCUCCCCCUUGCUCUAUGGAGAAUCGCCCAUUUGCUCGUUGGAUGCAGUAUUUACAAGUAGGAUACACUGUGUGUGUAACCUGCCAGCCUCCAGCAAUGCGUACCGGUAGCCAUCGCUGUUCUGGAGAUGGUGUUGAUGCUGAUGGGAAUAAAGUUCUUCACUGGCAAGCAGUUGGCAAUCAUUUCUGCCAUGGAACAUGGAAAAAAGUUCAACAAGUGGAAGAAUGUUCAUGCCCUCUUGUACAUAGCUUUAUUUUUACGUAGCAGUUUUAACACAUACCUUUAAUAUCAUUAAUUGAAGCAAGAAAGCUACUGUGCUAUGGAUUUGUAUAACUAUUAGACACUGCAUUUGAACAAAUGAGAAGUCACAAUUUUGAACUCACACUCAGUCUUUCCUGCAGUGAUUAAAGCUGAACUAAUUAUACCAAGUUAUACUGUGCAUCUCUGAAGACAGAAGACGGAACUUCAGUUUAACUUUGCAUCAUAGUGGCCCACUGAAACGGAUGAGAUCCAGUCAUGUGCUUCUUUCCAUUUUAGUAGGGUAGUGAUUCCCAAAUGCAAGUGUUGCUUUGUCCACAGAGGAAAAAUCACUCAAAUGGAAAUUCCUGAGAUGAAUGAAAUACUGAAAUUCCAGAUAUGCAACCAGAUCACAUCAUUUAGAAGGCACAGAUUAAGUUGUUGGAGGCCUGCUUGCUACAAGUGAACCAAU